AUGUGGCAGCGGUUUGGUCCAAUAGGUUUAAGGCUCCAACAUGAUAAAAGAUUUAUGGAUAAUGUGAAAAGUGUGUUAACUACUAGCAGUGAAGCAGAUUUUACCCUCAUGUUUGUACUGUGUUGGGGCAUGUGGUAUCGAAGGAAUAAGUUGAAGAUGGAAAGUGAGAACAUCACUCCCUAUGCAUCAACAAAUAUGGCUAUUUCUUUGUACAAAUCUUUCUCAAUUUUAAAGGUUUCUAAUGCUGCAAAUGGGAAGAACCUAUGCAGGUGGAAAUCACCUCCUUCUGAUUUUCUGAAGCUCAAUGUUGAUGGGGCGGUCGUCACAGAGUAUAAAAAGGCUGGAAUUGGAAUGGUUUUAUGUGAUAGCAAUGGCAAGGUGGUGAUGGCAGCAACUAUCUUUGAACCUGCAGUGAAUGAACCAUCUACCUUUGAGUUACUUAUUGUAUUUCGGGGAUUGCAAAUGUGCCUUCCAUUGGGCAUCCCUAAAUUAAUUGUUGAGUCUGACUAUUUGCUGAUUGGGUUCUACUUUUUUUUUUUUUUGCAUCAUCAAAAGUGA